AUGCCCGAGAUUGCAGAAGUUGCCCGCAUCGUCAACCGGCUGCGGACACACCUGGUCGGCAAGAUAAUCACAAAGGUCACGCCGUUCGAGGACGCCAUCGUCUACAAGGACACCACGCACGAGGCGUUCAAGCAGGCCCUCGAGGGGAAGAAGGUGCUUGAGGCGCGGCAGUGGGGGAAGUACUUCUGGCUAGUGAUGGACAGCUCUCCUCACCCCCUUAUGCACUUCGGCAUGACCGGCUGGAUCCGCUUCCAACACGACUCCACCGCCCACUACCGCGCCACCACCCCCGAAGAAAACCCCACCUGGCCCCCCCGCUUCGCCAAGUUCCUCUUUGACCUCCCCGACGCCUCCUCCCUCGCCUUCACCGACCCACGCCGCCUCUCACGCAUCCGCCUCAUCGACCACCCCACCGGCGACCUACGCCUCGUCAGCCCGCUCUCCGAGAACGGGCCCGACCCCGUGCAAGCCCCCGUCAGCAUCGACUGGCUCUCCGCGAAGCUCUCUGCGCGGCGCGUGCCCUUGAAGGCCUGGCUGCUCGACCAGAGCGUUCUCGCGGGCGUCGGAAACUGGGUGGGCGACGAGAUACUCUACCACGCGCGCAUCCACCCCGAGCAGGGCACCAACACGCUUACCGCCGAGAUGGUAGCGCGGCUGCACGGCGCGCUGGGAUACGUGACGGGCCUGGCGGUGGCGGUGGAGGCGGACAGCAGCCGGUUCCCGCAGGACUGGCUGAUGCUGCAUCGGUGGGGGAAGGGGGAGAAGCGGAAGGUGAAUGUGCUGCCGUCCGGGGAGAGGAUCGAUUUUGUAAAGGUGGGGAGCAGGACGAGUGCGUUUGUGCCGAGCUUGCAGAGGAUUGUGGGGGAGCAGGCGGGGAGGAAGAGGGGGAGGAAGGUGAAGGGGGUGGAGGGGGUGGAGGAGAGUGAGCAGGAGGAGGGGGAGGGGGAGGGGGAGGGGGAGGGGAGUGAGGUGGAGGAGGUGAAGCCGGCGCCGAAGAGACGGGCGAAGGUGAAGGCGGUGAAGAAGGAAGAGGUGGACGGGGACAGGGGCAGGGACGUGCCGCCACCUGCUAGACGCUCGCUCAGAGCUAUGGCAAAGGCGGUUAAGGGGGAGCCGGAACCAAAGGAGGAGGAGGAAAGCGAUUUUGAGAGUUUGGAAGUGCCGGCGAAGAAGGCGAAACGUGUUAGGUGA